AUGCAGUUUACAAAAUAUCUCGACAGGACAUUAGUUCUUCCAAACUUCAUCGAGUACCCGUACCCGGAUACGGUCAUGGUACCGUUUGAAAGCAUCUUUCAAGUGACUGAGAUCAGGAAGUACCUGAAAGCAAUCAGAAUGGUAGCGUUCCAACGUGAAGUAAUGCCCAAGUUAUGGCCAAAAGAAAAUAGAACUGCCCUGUGCUGGAGUCCUCGGAAGUCGAUUUAUGACGAAAAUGCUCCCGUCGGAUGCCACGCUAAAGAAGGAAAUCCUUUUGGUCCAUACUGGGACAAGAUUGGAGUGUCGUUUGCUCAUGACGCCUAUUAUGGACAGCUACCCGGUGGCUACGAUUUGACCGUACGUGGGUCGAAAACAGCUUGGCUUGAAAGAUUCCCGCCAUCCCAAUUUCCCGUGCUGGCAUUCCCUUCACCGCCAGCUCCAUUUCCAUCACGUGCAGGCACUUGGGAAUUGCAAAGAUAUCUCAAGUGGUCGUCACGUAUCACAGGCAAAGCGACGCAAUUCAUCAAAGACAAACUUACUCGUCCGUUCGUGGGAAUACAUCUGCGUAACGACAAGGACUGGGAGCGUGUGUGCGAACAUAUACCUUCUACGCCUGCAAGUCAACCUUUAUUCGCUUCUAUGCAGUGUGAAGGACAAGAGAGAUCUGUUCUCCCUUCGGCAAGCACUGUUGUUGAACAGGUGGUCGACGUUGUCGGAAAAAUCGGUGCCCGUUCGGUUUUCGUAUCCAGUGAUAAGGACCACAUGAUUGAGACUCUAAAUGAUGCUCUUCGAGGCCUACGA